GUGCCACCGCCCGUCUCUUCAAACCUCAGCUCGCUCAGGUUAUGUUGGAGAGGACGUGAGAGGAAUUGUGUGUUUAGCACUCAAAAAAGCGGACUUUACUGCGUUCGACUCAGCAAACAAAACGUGGACCUGCAGUGGAGUCAAUCUGGGACUUUGAGUUUCAUCCACCAUGGGGGACGUGAUUUCCAGUCACCUGGAUGAAGCCAAGCGGGAGAUUAUCACAGCUCAGACCGGGGAGGUGAUGGGAGAGUUUGGGCGCCUGUAUGAGCAGCAGUAUGCAGUGGCUCUUUUCAACAAGGUUCGCUUUGACAUAGAGGGUGGAGGUGGUCCGCAGCCCCAGCUACUACACCGCAAGAUCCCUCUGGAGAACAAGUCCAUCUUCUCUGGCUCGCUCUUUCAGUACCUGGAGGAGAACAAGAAAUGGAGAAACCGCUUCCUGUUUGUCCCAGACUCCUACAACAUCAACUACUUUGAUAGCAAAGCGGCCCAUGACAGACGCCUCCAUCCCAAAGGAACCAUCAACUGCGCUGGCCACAAAGUGCUGACAUCUAUGGACCAAUACCUCGAUCUGAUCAGCAACAGCCUGCCAGGUGUGAAAGCCAAGGUGGGAAGUUCACCCUUCCUGAAGUGUCCCACCCAGUUCCCUCUGAUCCUGUGGCACCCGUACGGCCGUCACUACUACUUCUGCGUGGUGACGGAGAAAGAGCAGCAGAAGUGGCACGCUGUCCUCCAGGACUGUGUCCGACACGCCAAUGAUGGUUUGUCAGAGGAGAAUAAAAUCCAAACACCAGCCUUCACUGAUGCUGUACGAAUCUACCGCCAAGCUAAAGGGCACUAUGGCACCUGGGAAAUGAUGUGUGGUGUACAGUCACAGAUCCUGUCUAACCUGGUGAUGGAGGGUCUUCUCCCAGACCUGAGGGAGCUCAUCUCUCCUCGACUCAAAGGCAAACUGCAUGAGAGGCAGAGGAACUGGAUGCUGAUCAGUGAUGCAGUGUACAGUCUGGUGCAGGAACAGUGCAAAGCCCAGUACGAGGCGGUGGUACAGAAGUGUGAGUCGGGCCACACCUUGCUAGAGGCCUCCAUUCGCACAGACAUGGACCAGAUCAUCACCUCCAAGGAGCACGUCACCAACAAGAUUCGAGCUGUAGUCCUCCCUAAGGCUGAGAAGCUGCUGAAGGUGAGCAUCGAGCCUUACAUCAGCUCCAUCCUGGAUGCCCUGAUGGAGCCGACCAGCCGAGGCUUCUCUGAGGUCCGUGAUGUCUUCUUCAGGGAGCUGGUGGACAUGAGCAAGAACACACUCAAUGAGGGCACUAAGGAGACCGUGGCACAGCACAUGGAGAAGAUCUCCAUGUUGGCCUUCCACCCAGUGAAGAUGCAGAGCUGCUAUGAGAAGGUGGAGCAGUUGAGUCUGGAAGGUCUGCAACAGAGGUUUGAUGUCUCCAGCCCCUCAGUGUUCGUCCAGAGGGCCCAGAUCCUCAUGAGAGAGCAAAUGGAUGAUGCAGUUUAUACAUUUGAGCAGAUACUUCACCAGAGUUUAGAGUCUCAGGGAACAGAGGAGCUGUGUAAGACCAUCCAGCGCUGCCAGGACAGAGUGAUUAAGAAAUUUGACUAUGACAGCAGCACAGUGAGGAAGCGUUUCUUCCGUGAGGCUCUCCUCCAGAUAUUCAUCCCUUACAUGCUGAAGCAGCUCAGCCCCUCCUGUGCCUCGGAGCUGCCACGCUUCCAGGAGCUGAUCUUUGAGGACUUUUCCCGCUUCAUCCUGGUGGAGAACAUCUUUGAAGAGGUGGUGCUGCAUUCGGUCAUGAAGGACAUCAUGAUGGCUGUGAAGGAGGCGGCAGUCCAGAGGAGACACAACCUGUACAGAGACAGCAUUGUCCUCAGCAACAGUGACCCCAGCCUGCACCUGCUGGGAGAAAGCCCGUCCAUCGACUGGGCUGGGGAGUACGGAGGAGCCCAGGAGGAGGAGGUAGCGGACACAGCAGGGAAGGACACUGAGGGUGAUGCCCAGGGUGAAGAUGGGGAAUCCCAAAAGAGGAGGAGGAUGAAGCAGGUGGUGUCCAUGAUCCAGGAGGAAGGUUCCCCGGUCUUGCCCGGUGAGUCUUGCAUGGAUUUGGCCGGCAUCGAUGAUAUCCCGGAGGAGGGUAGCAACGACGAGAAGGAGGAGGAGGAAUUGUCUCCUGACCAGAUUGAAUCUCCAUGUCCCAAACCUACAGAGAACCCUCCAGACCUGUCCAGUAGUUCGGUCUUGAAGGAAGCAGAGGCCAAAGCAGAGGAGGCCAAAGCAGAGGGGGCCAAAGCAGAGGGGGCCAAAGCAGAGGGGGCCAAAGCAGAGGGGGCCAAACUAGAGGGGGCCAAAGCAGAGGGGGCCAAACUAGAGGGGGCCAAAGCAGAGGAGGCCAAAGCAGAGGAGGCCAAAGCAGAGGGGGCCAAAGCAGAGGGGGCCAAAGCAGAGGGGGCCAAAGCAGAGGGGGCCAAAGCAGAGGGGGCCAAAGCAGAGGGGGCCAAACUAGAGGGGGCCAAACUAGAGGGGGCCAAACUAGAGGGGGCCAAACUAGAGGGGGCCAAACUAGAGGAGGCCAAACUAGAGGAGGCCAAACCAGUGGAGCAGGAUAAAGAAGAGGUGCAGCUGCAGGGUGAAUUAUCUACAGCUACAGAGGAGAAAGCUCAGGGUGAUGACAACCAGCUGGCAGAGGAGCAGCAACAACAACAACCACCACCACCACCACCUACCAACCAGGAGGUAUCAGAGGAAGAGCCGCCACCACCGCCUCCUGCUGAAGAAGUUCCCCCAGAGGCCACAGCUGAAUUCCCCCCGCCUCCUUACGACGAUAGCGGCUUCCAGUCUCCCAGCAGCGACAGGGCAUUGGAGGAGGAGGUGGCCUCUAGCAAAGACACCCCACAGCCAGCAGAAGAGACGAGCGUCGCCACAGCCCCACAAGCUGAAACCAAAAACCAGUGA